GCUCAGCUGGGGCUGAAUUAGACAGGACGAUGGAGACUUUUUAAAACGGAUUAAAUACAUAUAUAUGAGGAUUUUACAUAAUUUAUUUAUUUAAAUAGAAACGUUAAACACCCUGGCUCUUUAUUAAACACUGAGGAGGAGCAGGACGGCAGAAUAAAAGGAGCGACAUCGCCGCCACCUGCUUAAGCCGAUAAAAAGAAACACAGCCAGCCGAGCCGAGCAGCCCGUACGAUCGGCUAUUUUCGGCUAUUCUCGGCUAUUGUCGGUUUUUCUAUUGUGUGCGGAUCAUGUCGGCCGGACAGGAUGAAAGUUCGGUGCAGGUGGCUUUAAGGAUUCGUCCACAGUUGGCAAAGGAGAAGAUUGAAGGAUGUCACAUUUGCACAUUUGUGACUCCCGGAGAGCCCCAGGUGGUUCUGGGAAAGGACAAGGCCUUCACGUACGACUGUGUGUUCGACAUGGACUCACAGCAGGAAGGCAUCUACGGUAACUGCACUGAGAAGCUGAUUGAAGGCUGCUUCGAAGGAUACAACGCCACUAUCUUUGCUUAUGGCCAGACUGGCUCGGGGAAGACCUACACCAUGGGUACAGGUUUCGACGUGAACAUCAAUGAGGAAGAACACGGCAUCAUUCCACGUGCGGUACACCACUUAUUCAGGGGCAUCGAGGAAAGACGGCAGGCCGCAAUCGAGCAGGGACAGCCGGUUCCUGAAUUCAAGAUAAAUGCCCAGUUUUUAGAGUUGUACAAUGAGGAGGUUCUGGACCUGUUCGAUACCACGCGGGAUAUGGAGACCAGAAAGCAGAAAUCUAACAUUAGAAUCCAUGAGGAUGCCAGUGGAGGGAUCUACACUGUUGGAGUCACCACACGUACAGUCACCUCUGAAGCUGAGAUGCUGCAGUGUUUAAAGCUUGGCGCUCUUUCCCGCACCACCGCCAGCACACAGAUGAACGUCCAGAGCUCACGCUCCCAUGCCAUCUUCACCAUUCAUCUGUGCCAAGUCCGUGUCUGCUCCCCCUGUCAGAACGAUGAAACGGACAAUAGACUGGUCAACGGCUCCUCUGAGAUGAACGAGUUUGAAACCCUCACUGCCAAGUUUCAUUUUGUUGAUCUAGCCGGCUCCGAGCGCCUGAAGAGAACAGGAGCGACGGGGGACAGAGCUAAAGAGGGCAUCUCCAUCAACUGUGGACUGCUUGCUUUGGGAAAUGUCAUCAGCGCUUUGGGAGACAAGAGCAAACGCUCCACACACGUGCCUUACCGAGACUCAAAGCUCACCCGACUCUUGCAGGACUCCCUCGGAGGGAACAGUCAGACGAUGAUGAUCGCCUGUAUCAGCCCCUCUGAUCGAGACUUCAUGGAGACCCUGAACACUUUGAAGUACGCUAACCGCGCCCGCAACAUCAAGAACAAGGUGGUUGUAAACCAGGACCGAGCCAGCCAGCAGAUUAGUGCCCUCAGGACCGAGAUCGCUCGAUUACAGAUGGAGCUCAUGGAGUACAAGACGGGUAAGCGCAUGGUGGGUGAGGACGGUCUGGAGAGUAUUAACGACAUGGUCCAUGAGAACUCCAUGUUGCAGACGGAGAACAAGAACCUGCGUAUACGGGUCAAAGCCAUGCAGGAGACCAUCGAUGCACAGAGAGCUCGACUCACGCAGCUGCUGAGCGAACAAGCGAAUCAGGUUCUCGCCAGAGCAGGUGAGGGGAAUGAAGAAAUCGGCAACAUGAUCCAGAACUACAUCAAAGAAAUUGAGGAACUCAGGGCUAAGCUGCUAGAGAGUGAAGCAGUGAAUGAGAAUCUGCGUAAGAAUCUGUCUCGUGCCACCACACAAACCUCUCUGUACGGAGGAAGCACGCCGCUCCCCGUCGCCCUCCAAGGCCCAGAGAAAGAGGCCUCUGACAUCAUCGAGAUGGCCAAGAAAGACCUGGAAAAACUCAAGAGGAAAGAGAAGAAGAAAAAGAAGAGACUACAGCAGAUGACAGAGUGUCCCCACAAUGAUCCUGACAAUGACAGUGUCAUCAAAGAGGAAGGGCCUGACAACGACCAAGACAGAGAGACUUCAGACAGAACCAGUGAGGAGCAAGAAGCAGAAGGAAGUGAUCAUGAAGAGGGAGAUGAAUGUGAGGGAGAGGAAGAGGAAGAUGAGGUGGAGGCAGAAGAGAGCUCAGAUGAGUCUGACUCAGAGCUGGAUGAAAAAGACAACUUCCAGGAGGACCUGGCCAACAUCACAUGCGAGAUUGCCAUCAAGCAGAAGCUGAUUGACGAGCUGGAGAACAGUCAGCGGCGUCUCCACACACUCAAGCAGCAGUAUGAACAAAAACUUACGAUGCUGCAGAACAAGAUCCGAGAUACCCAGCUGGAGAGGGAUCGUGUGCUGCAUGGCAUGGGUUCUGUGGAAUCCUGCACAGAGGAGAAGUCCAAAAAGAUUAAAGCUGAGUAUGAGAGGAAGCUGAGCUCUAUGAAUAAGGAACUGCAGAAACUGCAGUCGGCUCAGAAGGAACACGCUCGUCUGCUGAAGAACCAGUCACAGUACGAGAAACAGCUCAAAAAGCUACAGCAGGACGUCUCAGAGAUGAAGAAAACAAAGGUCGUACUGAUGAGGCAGAUGAAGGAGCAGCAAGAGAAGAACCGCGCCUCAGAAACCCGCCGUAACCGCGAGAUCGCCACACUGAAGAAGGACCAGCGCAGACAGGAGCACCAGCUGCGGCAGCUGGAGGCACAGAAGAGGCAGCAGGAGAUCGUCCUGCGCAGAAAAACUGAAGAGGUGACUGCUUUGAGGAGGCAGGUUCGACCCACUUCGGGUAAAGUUAACCGAAAGGUUAGCCUACCAGAGCCUUUACACGAGUCUGCUGCACGUUCAGGACCUAACCGAUCUCACACUGCUGGAACUUUUGCACCUAACGGAACCAGAAAAUACCAAAUGAGGACGGGUGGCGUGUCCUCCACCAAAACAGCAAGGGCCAAAUGGCAGUCCCUGGAAAGACGUGUCAGUGACAUCAUCAUGCAGAGGAUGACCAUCUCCAACAUGGAGACAGAUAUGAUCCGUCUCCUUAAGCAAAGAGAGGAGCUGACCAAGCGCAGAGAAAAGGUGGUGAGGAAAAAGGAUAAGAUGACAACAGAGGGCGCAGACACGGACCGCACCAUCCAGUCCUUAAAUGAGGAGAUGGAGUCUCUCACUGCCAAUAUCGACUACAUCAACGACAGCAUUGCAGACUGUCAGGCCAACAUUAUGCAGAUGGAGGAGGCUAAGGAGGAGGGAGAUACAGUGGAUGUUUCUGCAGUGAUUAGCUCCUGCACUUUAGUAGAAGCUCGCUUUCUACUAGAUCACUUCCUCUCCCUGGCUAUCACUAAGGGUCUGCAAGCAGCUCAAAAAGAGUCUCAGAUCAAGGUAAUGGAGGGUCGGCUGAAACAGACCGAGAUCAACAGUGCCACACAAAACCAGCUGCUCUUCCACAUGCUGAAGGAAAAAGCCGAGCUUAACCCCGAGCUGGACGCUCUGCUAGGAAACGCUCUGCAAGAGCUAGGUAACACAUCAGCCGAGAAUGGUGAGGAGACCAGCAGUGAUGAGUCUGACCGGAGUCCAGCCAAUGAGAGCAGCUCUCUGGCCUCAGACCUGAUGAAGCUGUGUGCAGAGGCUAAACCCAGGAGUAAGGCUCGCAGAAGAACCACAACACAGAUGGAGCUUCUGUAUGCCAACAGUGCUGACCCUGAUGCUCCUGUGGAUGAUUUCUCUGCUCCUCUCCUGCUUCAUUCUGAGAGCUCAGAGAGCACUGGAGAUGUCAUGGCGCACAGAGACUUGGCAUUGCCCACAACGUUAUCAUCCAAAACCAGUGCUGUGUCUGGUAUCAAGUCUCCAACAUCAGUAGAGAAGAGAGCAGUAGAGCAUUCACCACUAACUCGAAGGAGAAAUCAGGAAAAAAGUCUGACACCCACAGACAAACCCAAGAGUCAGGACGCCAAACAAUCUUAUGACACAGUUACGGUAGAUACUGAAAGGGGAGUCAUUAAUCCUGUGGCGUUAGCUAAAGGCAGUCGUGCCAUGAAGCUGCAGCGUGUGUACGCAGCAGAAGGACACACUAAAGCAGUGAUGUGUGUGGACUCCACUGAUGAUCUACUCUUCACUGGUUCAAAAGAUCGUACAUGCAAGGUGUGGAACCUGGUGACAGGACAGGAGAUCAUGUCUCUGGGUGAUCACCCCAGCACUGUUCUGUCCAUCAGAUACUGCUCCAGCCUGGUCUUCACUGUCUCCACUGCCUACAUCAAAGUGUGGGACAUCCGGGAUUCAGCCAAGUGCAUCCGCACACUCACGUCCUCUGGUCAGGUCUCUCAGGGUGAUACCUGUGCUGCUUUGAGCGGCCGGGUGGUGCCCAUCCCUCCUGGUGAGAAUCAGAUCAACCAGAUCGCCCUGAAUCCAUCCGGAACGUUCCUGUAUGCUGCAUCGAGAAACUCGGUCAGGAUGUGGGAUCUGAGGAGAUUUGUUUCUACAGGAAAACUGACAGGUCAUCUGGGUCCAGUAAUGUGCCUGGCAGUGGAUCAGCUCGGGAACGGUCAAGAUGUGGUCAUCACAGGCUCCAAAGACCAUAACCUGAGGAUAUUUGAUGUGAUGGAGGGGGCUCAGGGAAGCAUCCCUGCUACACAUAACUUUGAGUCAGCUCAUCAUGAUGGUCUGGAGGCGCUGAGCAUGCUGGGUGAUUCAGUGUACAGUGCUGCCAGAGAUCACAGUAUUAGGAGAUGGGAUCUGUCCACCAAACAGCUCAAACAGCAGGUUGACCGAGCGCACUCUGACUGGAUUAGUGCCAUGGCGCCGGUUCCAGAUUCCAGGGUGUUACUGAGCGCGUGCAGAGGAGGCCUGCUGAAGCUGUGGCACUCGGACACACUCAGACCGCUGGGUGAACUAAGGGGGCACGACUGUGCCAUCAACAGCAUCUCCACCAACAGCACUCACCUCUUCACUGCCUCAGAAGAUCGGACAGUGAGGAUCUGGCAGGUUAAAGGCUCUCUGGAGGAAGGACUCUAUUAAAUCGAACACACCGUGUGAUGUGUGUAAAACUGAGACUGAAUGAAGCCUUUUGCACAACAGAAUAAAGGAGACACUCUUUCAGCUGUUUUAUUUGCUGAAAGCUUGUGAUUUCUGCACUCGAUUGCAUCUUUGUACACUCUUCUGUAGCUUCUCAACAUCCCUAACAUGUGGCAGAGAAGAGGACUGUUGUAAGCGAUGAAAAUUUAAGUGUCCUGUGUAUAAGCACGGCAGUGCAGCACCAGAUGGGUCCAGGUUACAUGUUCAUAACUUAAUGGUUCAGAAGCCAAAGCUGGGCUUUGGAUAUUGUAAGCACAGUUAAACCGGCUAUCGUACUAUUAUUAUUUAUCUUUACACUUGGUGAAUAUUUGUUAACAGGACCAACAUGCUUUGAAUUUAAAGGUACUGAUCAGCCAGACUAAACUGUACACAAAUUCCCACUAAAUUCCUAAUCUUAACCUCAAGUCUUAGUGGGACAGACUAGACAAAGCAUGGAUAAUCUGGUUGGGAAUUUUGUCUGUAAAAUGAGAAAACAAACACAGGUUGAAUUAUAAAGGCUAAGCACAACAAAACUGAACACUACUGUACUUCCCCUUAGUGCACUGCAGUGGUAUGUAAUACACAGGCUGUGGUUUGGGACACAACCAGGAAUUCAAUUAUACUCAAUAUCCAACGAAGUAAAGUUUUGUCUCUUAAGUAAAAACAAUAAUGCAGUGAAAGCUGGCUAUUAUCCUCUGUAAGGUAUACACGGUUUAAAAGGUAUAAACUAUGUGUAGUUGAAACAGAAUACACACCGGCGCAUUAGGAGAAACGUUUGUGUGAAAUCUGUCAUUGAAGUUAAAGGCUGUGCUACCACCAAGUAGAAAGGAUGCAAACCAGUACACAUUCACAUUGAACUAGCUCUGAGAGCACUAAAUCAAAGGGUAAGCCUAUUUCAGAUCAUUUUUAGAAAAGGUUUGGCUUGUUUACUAAAGUUUGAGUUGUUAAAACCCUCCAGUUCUGAGCACAGGGUUUCACAAACACUGGGUGUAGUUGUACUGGACUUCGGUGCCUCUAAAUGUGGGUUUUUCCAGACACCAAAUUUUGCUAAGUGUUGGGCAACAAAACGUACCCGAAAUAUAGUCGAUCAGCCAAACAUGUUUUCUGAAGGAUUAUGUUGCUAGUACGUAAGAGCAGCUUACUCCUGUGUGUCCACAAGGGCAGCUGAAUUCUGUGUUUCCUCUCUGUGGUGCACCUGCAGUUGCAAUCAAAAUUAUUCAAGCUCCAUUACAGAUCAGGUUUAAUAGCAAAACUUUCAGCUGGUUGCAAUAAACCAAUUAAACAAGAACAAUUUAACUAGCUCAACACAAUUAAUAUGAAGUGGUUUCUCCAAAUUCUACACAAAAUGCCACUUGUAAUGACUACCGCAGUCUCAGAAUUAUUCAACAUCUUCAUGACAAGCAUCUAUAGUAUUUAGUAGGGCACAUUUUGUUGUUAUGACCAGCUGCAAACAUGAGGAAUCUUAUACCAUGCCUUAUUUACAAUGGCCCCCAGUUCACUAAUAUUCUUGGGUUUGUGUGCCUCAACCACCUUCUUCAAUUCACACCUAAGAACGUCAGGAGACUGUGACGGCCACUCCAGAAUCUUCCAGCACUCCUUCUGAAAUCCAGCCUUGAUGGACUUUGAGGUAUGCUUUGGAUCACUGUCCUGUUGGGAGAUCCAAUGUAACCACAUGAGCGAAUUUACUUCAGAUUGCUGAGGCAGCUUUGCACAGUGUUAAUCAUCUCAUCUACGUCAGAUGAGCAACGAAGCCAUUAAAUUCGUUUGAGUAAAAUGGUACACAUUUCAUUCUUGUCCGAACUUUAUGUCUUAGCGGGAUUUCGUGUCUGCACAGACAUGAGUGGCUAUGUCUAAGAAGCUCUGCGAUGCAUUGGUGCCCUGUCCAGGAAAUUCCUGGCUUGCGCCCAGUGUUUCCCAUUGGAACCGGGUCAGGAAAAAAAUAAAAAUGUUACGUUGUAAAUAUUGAUGUGAGUACUAGGCACUCAGGUGGUACAGUGGUAAGUGCGCCCGGUGAUUCUGGGGAGGCUGGACCUGCCGAAACCUUGACAGGAUAAAGUCAUGGUAAAAGCUUAAAAUGAAAUGGGAACGAUGAAAUGGUGAAAUGAGUUCUAUCCAGUGGUUGAUGAUGACCAAAGUGAAAACAGAAACAAGCCUCAGUGCUUGGUACAGGUAUUUUAUUCUGAAAUGAUGUCACAUGCACUGUAUUAGUUGUGUAUGUAGUGUGUGUCUGAUUUCUUAACUGCUGAUAUCCGGUUGUACACAUGAUGAUUUUUGAAUAUGUUUUAGUUGUAUGUAAAAUCAUUGUAAUUUAAACCCUGUCGUUCACGUCUGUACUGCUCCAGGUCAAUACAUUCCAUUUCUAAAUCAA